CCCCAGGUGUGCAGGGGCAGAGAGCAUUCCCAUUCCCCAGUGCAGGAGAGGACGGGCAGCACUAUGCAGCAUUGUGCUUUUGGCACUUUCCUCUGCUGUGUGACAAAGCUGGUCUUGCUGCUUCUGAGCUGUAAAGUCCUUCAAAAAGUACUCAUCCUGUGCAGAUGGCAGAGUACCCUUUGCAAAGAGCUGCCAAGAUGCUCUGAGACCGUGGCCUACAUGCACCUGCUUGUUCAUAGGGCAGAACGGUGUCCUGGAAAUGCUGCCUGGAUGGAGGUGGUGCAUCCUGUGCAGCCACUCGCAGACUCAGAUCCUGAUAGCCACAGUCUGCAGCUGACACACGCUGUUCUUAUCUGUUCUGCGGUCUGAGAGCCCUCAUCACCAGCCAGAGAUGGUGAAGUGCUCACCCUGUCUCAAAGAGCUCUCAGUUCAGAAGCCCCAGCCAUUGCUGCAGAUCCUUCCUCUCUUUGUCCCUUUGGACAUCAAAGGAUUGCAAGGGGACAGCCCUGGCGAGAAGCUCCUCCCUGCUCAUUAGCCUCCAUAAAACAAGAACUCACCUUGGCUAGCUGUGCUUGGAGUCCCAUCCUCAUCUCAGUCACUCUUGACACUGGAUCUCAGAUGGAACGGCUUUUGCUUGCUGCAGGAAAUCAGACCUGCUUUUGAACUGGAAUAUUUGGGCUCCCUUUUUACGGACUCUGGUGGCUGAGCAACUUCCUAGACUCCACAGUACAUGGAAAAAUGCAAGUUUUAUCAGACGUGAAAGCACCGUGUGAUGCACUUCCUUCCCCCAGCCUGGAGCCCUACCCGCAGAGCUCCAUCGUGGUCACCCUGGAGGACAUGGGGCUCUGGAUGAAGUUUCAUCAGAUAGGAACUGAGAUGAUCAUCACCAAAUCCGGCAGACGCAUGUUUCCACAAUGCAAAAUCAAAGUCUCUGGCUUAAUCCCAUAUGCCAAGUACCUCAUGCUGGUAGAUUUUGUGCCAGUGGACAACUUCAGGUACAAGUGGAAUAAAGAUCAGUGGGAAGUUGCUGGAAAAGCAGAGCCCCAGCUCCCUUGUCGCACCUACGUCCACCCAGAUUCCCCAGCUCCUGGCAGCCACUGGAUGAAAGAGCCUGUCUCCUUCCAAAAACUGAAGCUCACCAACAACACUCUGGAUCAACAUGGGCACAUCAUCCUCCACUCCAUGCACCGUUACAAGCCUCGCUUCCACAUUGUGCAGGCAGAUGACCUCUUCAGUGUCCGCUGGAGCAUCUUCCAAGUCUUCAGCUUCCCUGAGACUGUCUUCACUUCUGUUACUGCCUACCAGAACGAGCAGAUCACAAAGCUGAAGAUUGACAACAAUCCAUUUGCUAAAGGUUUCCGGGAGCACGGGAAGAACACUCGGCGGGAAGGACGAGCCAAAUCCCAGAAGCCCAGUCCAGCCAAGGGCCAGAAGAGGAAGCUGCCUGAGGAAAAGGAGUCUGGUGCUGAGGAACGUGAUUUUGAGAAAGAUGAGAAUGUGGAUGUGAAGGAAGAGAGUAACCCCAUCGCCGUCAGCAGUGGCUACCCCUUCUGGAUCUCCGAGCAGAACGGCAGCCAUGCCUUUACUGCAGCAUCGCCAGCACCGACCGACCAGAGGGAGGGUCCAGCCAGAGAGCAGCAAGUGCCUACCCCAUCCUACCAGACAUACCGGUUCCAUGAAGCUGGGGACAGCCAGCAGCUUCCCGCCCGCGACGUCGCCGCCUUGAAUGACUUCCGAGCAAGGUGCCACCCCUUGGAUCUUGCCACAGUGCCUGAGCACGACUCCAAACAGCUCCCAGAGGGCUUCACCAACCUGCCUCCGCUCCCCCCGCCUCUGCCCCCUCCCCAGGACUAUACGGGAGUGGUGAACAUGGCUCUGGACUCGGUGGGGAAACCUGGAGCCCGAGCGCCCAUGUACAGUCCGUACGGCACCGAGCAAGGUCUUGGCCAGUGGAUGGUGCCCUCCCACAGCCAGUACAGGGCAAUGAGCUACUCGGCCUUCUCCACAGAUUACAACGCACAGGGGGCUUCAGGACAUGCCCACGGGACGAUGGCAGAGUGGAGCCAGUACCCGCUGUUCCCCUAUGCCUGCUGGUGAGCAGGGAAGAACCUUCCCCAUGAAAAGACUAAAAGAAAAUUGUAAAUGAGGACAGAUUUGCUCUGGGAUGUUAACCUUGAAGCCUUGUCUACACUAGACAAGGAGGCAUUGCCGCACACGGGAGCAUGGGACACCUUCAAUUCCUUGUCUCCUUGCACAACAACCCUCGUGGUAUUUCACAAGCAGCAGCCGAACUGCUGGCUGCCACGCCUAUGGCAGUGCACAUCUGGCUGAAUCAGGGUGUUCUGCAUUGUUUGUUUCCAACAGGAGUAGCACACAAGCUGUAAGAGCAGUAGUUAAAGAGCUGCCAAACCCUGUCCCAGUCUGCAUUUGCAUCUUGCAUGUGGCAGCUUCCAAAAUCCAAUCCUCCCAGGAAAAUCAGUGCAAGGAGAUAGGGGCUGAGGAGUUUCAGUUAGCCUUCCAGGUGGCCAAGAAGCUGUAGAAGAUUUUUGCGAAGACAAGCAACAAACGCAAUCCCAGUGACCCUUUGAGCAGUUCCCUCACUUAGUAUAGUCAAACUGAAGCUAGAGUCUUGCCUUUUUUUUCCAGGAGCAUGUGACAGUAAAAUACGCAGUGAAACGUGUUUGCAGGUCAUGCAGGCAGGGAAGAGUUUGUCCUCUGCAAGAGAAUCAGCAGAAGGCUCUGUGUUGUGUCUGCAUGUCCCUCAUGCCCACCCCUCUUCUGUCACCCCUAGAUUCGAGGUUAGUGAAAUACUUUUCCUUCUGCUGGUGGUGGAGGGAGGUCGUUCACAGAAUUUGGGGCUGCUCCGGGGGCCUCCGAAGGCCUGUGCCUGGCCCGAAUAGGGCCCUCAGCAGUGGUGCUGGCCGUGUCACUCUGACCUCUUCCUUUCGAGGGAGAGGAAGUCUUUCGCUGUGAACUUCUUCCUUCCUCCACCCCCUGCCACCCCUGGGGAAUUUAACUUAUAGCUGUUGUGUGCUGUGCUAUGAGAAAGCUUAGUCAGAAGACACUGCUGACCAGCCUGGCGCUGUGCUUCGCCCACAUCCUUUAGCACAGUGAAAGCAGCGUAGGCAGGAGCUGUGUGCCACGCUGCUCUCUGCCCUGCUGGAGAGCUCGGCACAGUCCUCGUGCUGCUGCUCGGGUGCCUGUAGGGAUCUGCUUCCAUGUCCAGUCAGCUGUCAGCGCUUUCACCUUCCUUACCCCUGGUCCCCUCUCCUGGAGGAGCUGUUCUGUCUGUGAGCAGCCUGCGAGGUGCCUGGCACAGAGGAUUUAUUUUUGUCCUUGUGUUCGAAGGGGGAAGCGUCCCCGUUUGCCCAAGUGGGGUCUUGUUUGAGACAGGCUCUUUGCUUCUCAGAGAGGAUAGGUGUGUUCCUUGUUGUUAUUUAGGGAAUGUUUUCUUGUAACACUUGCAAUAAACUGCUUUGUGGUCUGUAGCCCUCAGUAGGCAGUGAGGUGUGUCCUUUAGUCCGUUUGCCAGCUGGCAUCCUGUGUGUGUGUGUAGCAAGAUGUUCUCUGAGCAGAGCAGGCCAGCGCUGUGCGUGUGCAUAGUGUAGAGGUGUUAAACUGUGUUUAUUAUUGUUAAAAUGACUUUGAAGAGUAGCCCUACGUAUUUGUGAAACUCCACUCCAAUGACUACUUCCUUAUUUAAAUAGCGUAUUGCUAACCGGCCUCGCGCCACAAUUACAUGUACAGAGCAGCCAAAUGCUUCCCCUCAGCCUCACAGGAUGGGUGUGAGAUGUGCAGCACACAAAUAAAGGUCAGGCUUCACCACAGUGCAUGUGAUGAUGUCGGCUCACUGCUCCUCCGGCAGCACCCUCGCCAGUAUUGAUCUGUGCCCGCUGUGCACCACACGCCUGCGAACGCGAGUGAUUCACUGCGGAGAAAGCACUCGGGGAAGAAACGUGGAGGAGCUUGUUGGUAGCCCCAGAGCCGUGCUUUCUGCUGCCCACGGGCCAGCCGCGUGCAAAGGGCAGCUGUAAAAGCCUGUCCUCUUCGGGCGAGGAGAGGUCGUGUCUCUGAGUGUGGGUAGUUCACUUUGCCACCGCUGCUUUCUGAGUCUUGGAGAUCAGGUGAGAAGCCUGGCCGAGGAGUUGGCUAGUUCCUAGGUCAGGUCCUUUAUCCUAGAAGCUGGGCUGUAGUUUCCCUAGGGUGCUAAUGAGGAUGGAAACCGUGCUGUGGUGAGUACAAUGAGCUGAAGAGACCCGGGCUAUUUCCAAACCUUCGGAGCAGCUCUGGGGGUGCUGCUGCCCCACAGGGCCUGUUGGUAGGGCUGGCUUGGCAGGCGGCCGCCGCGCCCGGGUGGCAGACCUAGCUGUGUGCAUAGGAGGAGCCAGUAAUUACUCAUCAGCCUUCUGCUGCAGCAGGACUCCCUGCCCUUCAGUGAAUCAUCCUGCUCGUUAGCGAGGUACCUUCACUUGCCUCCCGCCCGCCUCUGGUUAGAGACUGCAGCUCUGCUGCUCUGUGAAGCCUUGGAAAAUGUUGCCCGUAGGUGUGUGCGCUCUGGACUCUGCUGCCGCCUCCUCCCUUUGCAGUUUCCACUCUGUUUUCUUCAGCUGUGGCAUUUAAAAUCUGUACGAGCUUGACUGAAGUCCUGUUUUUGCACACAUGUGAGAUAAUGUAAUGCCUCCCUGACAGCUUCAAUAAAAGGAAAUGAGACAUGCGGAAGGCAGGCCAUUAAGAGCAAUAAAAUAAACUCUGAAAUGUG